CAUAAAUGUUAAACAAUAAUAAAAAGCCGUGGGCUGAAUUCCAUCACCAUUUGUGUUCCACCGUUUCCAUUCAUCUAACUCAAUGGAAAACAAACACAUAGCAGUUAUUGCCUUUCCUUUUGGCAGCCACCUUAAGCCUCUUUUAAACCUUGUUCUCAAACUAGCUCAGGCUGCUCCACACUCUUCAUUUUCAUUCAUUGGCACACACAAAUCCAACGCAAUCCUUUUCCCAGGAUCCCACAUCCCCAAUAACAUCAAACCUUAUACCAUCAGUGAUGGAAUCCCAGAGGGUCACGUCCUAAGCAAUAAUCCAACUGAAAAAAUUGAUCUUUUUCUCAAAACUGGUCCUCACAACUUGCACAAGGGAAUACAACUUGCUGAAGCCGACACAGAGAAGAGAGUCACAUGCAUCAUUGCCGAUGCUUUUGUCACCUCUUCUCUCCUUGUGGCUCAGACACUCGAUGUUCCUUGGAUUGCACUUUGGCUUCCAAAUUCAUGCUCGCUUUCUCUCUAUUUUUACACUGACCUCAUACGCCACCACUGUGCAAACCAUGCUGCAAAGACAACCUUGGAUUUCCUUCCGGGGUUGUCUAAGAUCCGUGUUGAAGAUAUACCACAGGAUCUGGUCGUCGUUGGAGAGAAAGAGAGUGUGUUUACAAGGACGCUUGUUUCAUUGGGUAAGGUGCUACCUCAAGCUAAGGCAGUGGUUAUGAAUUGCUUUGAGGAAUUGGAUCCACCAUUGUUUGUUCAGGACAUGAGAUCCAAGUUGCAGUCUUUGCUCUAUGUUGUUCCAUUUCCCUCUCCGCUGUUGCCACUAUCCGACAAAGAUUCAAGCGGGUGCUUGUCGUGGUUGGAUACCAAGAGUGCCAGAUCGGUGGUUUAUGUUUGUUUUGGGACCGUGGUGGCACCGCCACCCGAUGAGCUUGUAGCGGUGGCAGAGGCAUUGGUAGAAAGUGGGUUUCCAUUUCUGUGGUCUCUAAAGGAAGCUCUAAUGGGUGGUUUGCCAAGUGGGUUUGUUGAGAGGACCAAGAUGCGUGGGAAAGUGGUGCCUUUGGCCCCACAAACGCAAGUUUUGGCACACGAUUCGAUAGGAGUUUUCCUGACUCACUGUGGGGCUAACUCUGUGAUGGAGUGUGUUUCAAGUGGUGUUCCUAUGAUUUGUAGGCCAUUCUUCGGAGAUCAAGAUAUAGCUGGAAGAGUUAUAGAGGAUAUUUGGGAGAGUGGGAUGAUAAUAGAAGGUAGGGUGUUCACAAAAAAUGCACUGGUGAAAAGCUUGAAUCUAAUUUUGGUGCAGGAAGAGGGGAAGAAGAUUAGGGAAAAUGCUCUGAAGGCAAAGAAGAUUGUGGAAGAUGCAGUUAGGCCUGAAGGGCAAGCAGCAAAGGAUUUCAAGACUUUGGUGGAAAUAAUUUCUACAUCUUAAACUGGAGCAAUGUGAAGGAUGCUCCAAUGGAGCUAGGUACCCAUAUUCACUGUUUUUGUUGUUUUAUUUUUCUAAAGUUUUAAUGUGUACUUGCAGUUAAGAUUGGUAGACUCUUAGUUUAUGUUCCUGUAAGUUUGAGAUGUCACAACCUUUCUUAGCCUAAUGUUUACCAUAUAACAUAUUUGUGAUUU